AUGCAUCGUGCGACCCGUUGCCUUGCCGCUGUCCAGCACGUGACCGUGCUUGGUGCUGGCCUCAUGGGAGGCGGCAUCGCCCAGGUGGCGGCAGCCACCAGCCAUAAGGUCUGCCUUGUGGAUGUCUCCAGCGACGUCCUUGAUGCUGGCCUGAAGCGCAUCGAGAACAGCCUGUCUCGCGUGGCCAGGAAGAAGUUCCGUGACAACGAGGAAGAGGCCAACGAAUACGUCGCCGCUACCAUGGUGCGAACGGCUGCAUGCCAUGGCCACCCAAUGGGCCCAUUCCAGCUGCUGGACUACGUUGGCCUGGACACGACGAGCUUCAUCACCCACGGCUGGGCCCGCGACUACCCCGACGUUGAGCUGUUCCAGCCGGUCAAGUCGAUUGACGAGAAGGUGGAGCGCGGCGAGAUGGGCGCAAAGUCCGGCAAGGGAUACUACGAGCACAAGUGAACCACCUGAACCAGCUGAACCCCCCCCCCCCGUCUUUCCACUCCACACCUCCGUUUGUGUGUCUGGGUUCGCGUUUCCCCUGUACCCCAACUGCUGUCGUUUCUUUUGAACUCUUUCCCCUCUGGUGGGUCUCUCUCUCUCUCUCCCUCUCUCCCCUCUCCCCUCUCCCCUCUCCCCUCUCCUCUCUCUCCCACUCUCGCUGUCUCCGUUCCCGUGUCUGGUGAUGUUCAACCCGACCCAAGCAAGCCCUGUUCCCUGGCUUCACGGCUGCAACCCCCUCUUCCGUCACCACCACCACCACCACCACCACCACCAUCACCAUUACCUCGCUCUCAAGCCAUGUAUGUUGGUCGGUCCGUUGACUUUGGUUGGUUGGUUGGUUGGUUGGUUUAUCCCAGACAUUACACAAAUCCACAACUGCAUACAAUACAAAGCAUGCGCAGCCGGCUUCGCUUUUGCUCUGCCUGGUGGCACAACUAGUGGCGA